AUGGCUCACGGAGAUCUAUACUGUCCAGGCGAGUUGGACGUGUUGCAUAGUAACAUAUCAGAGACGACCAUUUGUCUGCCAUCACCAUCACCACGAAAGCGGAUUUCUACCUACUACCCCAGAUCCGGUCCUAAGGUGUUGGAGGAAUCAAACCUCGACCCAUUUUACCUCGAACAAUCACUGGCCGACGCGCCAUCUUGGGAUUACAACUCGGAGAUGCGCAAUGAUAGUUUUGAAGACAACAGCCACUACUAUACAUUGUCAUUGACCCCCGGAAAGGACUUCCACGACUCAUUACACUACGGCCCCGACCGCUCUACCCUCGCACAGGUCGAAUUGGAGAACAGCCUGCGAUUCCACCGAUACACUCCCUCCACCGAGCGGAGUCCUCUGCACAGCAGCCAGGAUUCGUUCAGCUCCGUGCAGACAGACAGCACAACCCCAGACCUCACUCCUAGCAGCUCCUUCUCCUCUACAUACUCUUCUCCCGGCUGCCCUGACGUCGUCCUCCAGGCGACAGAGCAGCUCUACAAGCACGCGCAAGAGGCUCACCCUGAGUCCCGGCGUCGUUUCUACCUCCCUGCCUCUACUCCUCCGAAAUAUUCUCUUCCCCCCCUCCUCCCCCGCCGGUGGCUCCUUUGA